AUGUCAGAGAAGGAACCUAAAGAGAAGAAACCAAUCGUAUUUGACCCUAUUUUACCGGAGACAGGCAUUUUUUUCUUCGAAGAAUGUCCAGCUACUUAUGAAAUAGAUCGCCCAAUACUUUUACCUUUGAAAAGCACUACUCAAAUACGUUACGAGGAACUUCAAGACGAAGCACACCGUGCUUGGAAGGAACAGAAAAAAUAUGGAGACUGCUAUAGAAAUCAUGUAAUAGUUACAGUAUCUGUACUGACAGCAUGGUAUUUCUCGUUUCUGAUUAUGUUUAUCUUGCCAUUGGAUAUAUCAUGGACUGUAUAUAGAACACAUCAAUGUUUAAAUACAACUACAUCACUACCCCUUGUCCAAGGUGAAACGACUACAGUUGCGCCUGGUAGUGAAUGCCCCAAAUCCUGGCCUGACACAGUAUUUCCUAGUCUGUGGAAAGUAGUAUACUGGACAUCACAAUGUCUGACAUGGUUAAUAAUGCCCAUGAUGCAGUCUUACAGUAAAGCGGGUGAUUUUACUGUCAAGGGGAAACUAAAAUCUGCAUUGGUUGAUAAUGCAAUAUACUAUGGCUCCUAUUUAUUUAUCUGUGGAGUACUCCUCAUAUACCUUGCGUUUACAUCGGGUGUCCAACUUGAUCGUCCCAAGAUUAAAGCUAUUGCAUCUACUGCGAGUAACACUUGGGGAUUGUUUCUCCUAAUUUUGCUUCUCGGAUAUGCUCUUGUUGAAGUGCCGAGAAACCUAUGGAACAAUUCGAAGAAGAAUUACACACUUACGUAUUGCUAUUUUAAAAUUGCUAAAUUGAGUACAGAUAAAUUUGAGGCUGAGGAGACAAUUGAUGAUAUUCUUGAGAGUUUAAAUUGCGUGACAGCUGCUAUUGGCUCAGGGCAUCCCUUGCAACGUCAUGUGGAGACAAUAGUGCAGAAACUGCCGGUGCAGCUAAGAGACAAGCUCAAUGCUAGACCACCACCAGAAAGAACUCCACCACCAUCCUUGAAGAGCUUGAUUAAUCUUCAUAAAAAGACCAUUAAAGCCCUGCACGUCUUACAACGUACUGAAACACAGUAUGGCUUAAUGCUGGAAAGAAUCUACCACCUCGAGGAUAUAUCUAGCAACUGUCGGUCACCAGACAAACGUUUUCAACAUACUUUUCAUACGCCCCGGCCUCGGUUGCAGAGGCUCUUUUAUCCGCCUAUCGUGGAAUGGUAUUGGGAAUGUUUCCUGAAACAAUACUUCCUGAAGGCAAUGGCAGUUGUAACCUGCAUAUUAUCUGUGAUGGUCGUCUGGUCUGAAGUGACAUUCUUCAAUAAACAGCCAGUGUUAUCCAUUUUUGCAAACAUCGUUUCUGCUGCAGGAAAAAAUUUCAACUAUAUAGCUAUUGUGACGAUUUCAACAUUGAUAAUAUGCUACAUUUUCUACUGUGCGUACUCCACGGUGCUGAAGAUUAGGGUCCUCAACUUGUACUACUUGGCACCUCAUCAUCAGACGAAUGAAUACAGUUUGAUCUUCUCCGGCAUGAUGGUGUGCCGUCUUACACCGGCUAUGUGUCUCAACUUCUUAAGUCUAAUACAUCUGGACUCGCAUAUAAUUACUCAAAGGAUUAUGGAAACGUAUUAUACACAGAUCAUGGGUCACAUGGAUGUCCUGCGCAUCAUAGCAGAGGGUUUCAACAUAUAUUUUCCCAUGCUGGUGAUACUGCUCUGCCUCGCUACCUACUUCUCCUUGGGCAGUCGCCUGCUCUCGCUCUGCGGCUUCCAGCAGUUCGUAGGAGAUGACGAUCUCACCACGGAUUUGGUGGACGAAGGACGAGAGAUUGUCAAACGAGAAAAACGUCGUCGCCAGCGCGUAGAGGAAUCGAUGUCACGUCGGAGAGACUACAGCGAGCGGUUCGCACAGUACCGCACGGCGCGGGAAAAUGAUGGAGCCCGCACCGGGCUCCUGAACGAUAUCGGGUCGGACCAUUACGCGUCGCCAGAACGCCAGCCAGAUCCCCACCUCUACCAGAGAGCCGAGUUGCCGUACAACCGACCCAAUAUGGCGCUCGAAGACGAAAUCGACCGGCGUUUCGGCGAAAGCACGCUGCCCGCUGUUAGGACAGAAGACCGGAGGCGGGACAAACUGACGAUGCCGCCGAGGGGCCUUUUUGAUGAUGUUUAA